UGCCAAUGGUACCUCGCUGAGGUAUUGCAGCCAACUUCUGAGGAGCUAUAAAUCCAUGUGUUCAGAGGAGACUGACAUACCACCUUGAAGAUUGACUGUACAUUUUGCAUAGUCACUGGAAACUCAAGAAGUCUGAAGAAUGAUGAUCUCAGGAGCAGCACUGUUACUCCUAUGGAUAUCUAUAUUCUCAACUAGUGAUACAGCCGGUGCCCAGAUCAGACUGGUGAAUGGAGGAGAUCAGUGCUCUGGCAGGGUCGAGGUCUACCAUGAUGGCCAAUGGGGAACUGUGUGUGAUGACAUCUGGAACAUAAACAACGCUGAGGUGGUGUGUAGACAGGUGGGCUGUGGCAGAGCUCUGGCUGCUCAAAGCAGUGCCCACUUUGGACAGGGCAGCGGGCCCAUCUGGUUGGAUGAUGUGAGGUGUUCGGGAAGUGAAUCCUCCCUGACACAGUGCCCACACCCUGGGGUUGGCUCACACAACUGUGGUCACCAUGAAGAUGCUGGUGUGGUUUGCUCGGCUGGAGCCCAGAUCAGACUGGUGAAUGGAGGUGACCAAUGCUCUGGCAGAGUGGAGAUCUACCAUGAUGGCCAGUGGGGAACGGUGUGUGAUGAUGUCUGGAACAUAAACAACGCUGAGGUGGUGUGUAGACAGGUGGGCUGUGGCAGAGCUGUGGCUGCUCCAAACUUCGCCCACUUUGGACAGGGCAGCGGGCCCAUCUGGUUGGAUGAUGUGAGGUGUUCAGGAAGUGAAUCCUCCCUGACACAGUGCCCACACCCUGGGUUUGGGUCACACAACUGUGGUCACCAUGAAGAUGCUGGUGUGGUUUGCUCAGCUGGUGCCCAGAUUAGACUGGUGAAUGGAGGUGAACAAUGCUCUGGCAGAGUGGAGAUCUACCAUGAAGGCCAGUGGGGAACGGUGUGUGAUGAUGUCUGGAACAUAAACAACGCUGAGGUGGUGUGUAGACAGGUGGGCUGUGGCAGAGCUCUGGCUGCUCCAAACUUCGCCCACUUUGGACAGGGCAGCGGGCCCAUCUGGUUGGAUGAUGUGAGGUGUUCAGGAAGUGAAUCUGCCCUGACACAGUGCCAGCACCCUGGGUUUGGGUCACACAACUGUGGUCACAGUGAAGAUGCUGGCGUGGUUUGCUCAGGGAGUAGGUCCAUAAAUGCAAGUUUGGUGAAUACAACACCAGCCCUAAUACCUGGUAUCAACGUCAGUUCAGAAGCAUCAAGCUCAACAAGUUCCAGCGGCAGUAUCACAACAUCAUUUCCCGGAUCCAGCCUUACCAGUGCUGCCAACAAUGUCACAUUUCCAGUGACCUCUUUAACCACCGGUGCCCAGAUCAGACUGGUGAAUGGAGGAGAUCAGUGCUCUGGCAGGGUCGAGGUCUACCAUGAUGGCCAAUGGGGAACGGUGUGUGAUGACAUCUGGAACAUAAACAACGCUGAGGUGGUGUGUAGACAGGUGGGCUGUGGCAGAGCUCUGGCUGCUCAAAGCAGUGCCCACUUUGGACAGGGCAGCGGGCCCAUCUGGUUGGAUGAUGUGAGGUGCUCUGGAAACGAAUCCUCCCUGACACAGUGCCCACACCCUGGGGUUGGCUCACACAACUGUGGUCACCAUGAAGAUGCUGGUGUGGUUUGCUCAGAUCCAGCUUGGGGGGCCAGGCAGUUAAGCUUCGGAGAGUCGCCAAUCCAGGUGUUGCAAACCCGGGAGCUGGUGUGUGAGAGUAGCUUCAUGCAGGCGGGGUUAGACAGAGCUCACCUGGAGGCUGUAGGUCUGGACCCAUCGAGCGCACACCUGGCCGACUUCCGCUGCACCGCGCACCAGGAGAACAACGGCAUGUUGUGGUUUCGGGUGGAGCGCAGAGGGGGGAACUGUGGGACUCAGCUGAGGACAAACAGCACCCAUGCCAUUUAUUCAAACAGUUUAUUUGUUUACCCCAUUAACGCGGAAAACGGAAAUUUGUCAGUCCCGGAGAGAUUUCCAUUCUCCUGCGUAUAUCCUCUGGAUGCUGAGUCCAACCUGGAUGUGGCCGUCAGACCCGAUUUGUCAGUGGAGGGAGCAGUGGUGCAGGCAGGCUCCAGGCCCAGGGCAGCCAUGGCUCUCUACCGCAACGCUGACUACACAGACCCCUACUCCGCGGGCGCGGUCGUCCUGCCCCUUGGCUCCGCCCUCCAUGUGGGCGUGUCUGCAGAGGAGGCAGCUUCAGACAGGUUUGCUGUCGUUCUGGAAAACUGCUACGCCACGCCCACUGCUGACUCGGAUGGCCCCGUACGCUUCUUCCUGAUUCAGAACAGGUGCCCUAGCAACAGUCGCCUGGUGAAAGUGGAAGAAAGUGGACCCUCUCUCCCCGGCCGUUUCACUAUCUUGGUGAACUUAUUCUCUGGUGACUAUGACACCAUCUACCUGCACUGCAGCCUGAGCAUGUGCGACCCCACACAGGCCGGCUGCUCCCAGACAUGCAGGUCCAGAGUGUCCCGUUCCAUCUCCCUCGAGAAUCGCAUGACCAUCGGACCCAUCUCCUGGGAGAAGACAGCCAAGAGGAUGACUUAGCAUUCGCAGGAGCUUAAAAUGAACGAGUCUUCGUCCUGUUCCUGCGCCAUCUUUGUUUCUGCCUGUUUUGAUUGGUCACUUGGGUUUCAG